AACACCAGGCACCAGCACCCAGGUCCGUCCCCAUGCCCCCGAGUGGUAAUCUGUGGAGUUCUUGUCGUCCUGUUGCUUGUAGUACUAGUAGUAUCCAGCGGCCGCUGCAUGCGCCGUUUUGUUCACGAUGGCUGCACAGAGAAUGGCUGUGAAUCUCUACUACGAUAUCACCUCGCCUUACAGCUGGUUAGCGUUCGAGGUGCUGUGCCGCUAUCGUGAUCUCUGGCAGAUGGACUUGAAGCUGCAACCAGUGUUUCUAUCUGGCAUUAGAAAUAUCACUGGCAAUCAGCUGAAGAACGUACCGCCCCAGCGUGCCAACUAUGUAGUCAAGGACCUGAAGAGGCUUGCAGAACUCAUGGAUGUGCCAUUAGUUAUGAAAUCCGAAUGCUGGCAGUAUACCAUGACACAGGGAACUCUGCCCGUUCAGCGUUUCCUGACAGCCAUGGCUCAGCACUGUCCUGAACACCUGGAGCAUGUCUCCAGACAGCUAUGGGUCCGGCUUUGGUCGAAGGGCAAAGAAGUUCACGAGGAGGAGACCUUUCAUGAGGUCUGUGCAAAGGCUGGCAUGAGUACUGGCACUGCAGAGGAGCUGUGCAGGCUGGCCCAAACACCAGAAAUCAAGGACAAACUGAAGGCAGCUACCCAAGAAGCCGUUGAUGUUGGGGCGUAUGGAUUGCCAGUGUUCACUAUUCAGCUUUCAAAGUUCAGCAAACCGCAAAUGUUCUUUGGCAGUGACAGAUUAGAGCUAAUGGCCUUCCUGGCAGGUAAGCCAUGGCUGGGACCUCGACCACAACAGCCCCGGUCAAGGCUGUAAGAACUAUCGGGGCGUGUGUGGACGAUGCUGCAGCCCACCUGCUAGUACCUUUACAUGAUAGCGGCUCUGCUGCCUUUGACCAUGACAAAGUACUAGUACUUGAUCAUUUGCAAAGUACAGCACAGUCCUUCUAUUUUAUCCUCACUGAGAUGUUUAACUUCCAUGGUAACAUCUUACCUUCACCUCAUCUGGAAAGAAGAAGUCUUGAUCGUUUUCAGCUCCCUCGAAGUUAUGAAUAUUUUGAUUGUAAGAUAUCUCUUCAAGUAGUUUUAAAUUCUCAUUUCUCAGGUGUCUGUCAUGCUAGUAAUGUUUCUGUGUGUUUACUUGAAGUCGCACCACCGUUGAUUGCAAGUCGUGCCCCUUUCUUUAACCUCGAGGUUACUUCUAAAAAGGUGCAUGCAUGCGAUAUGAGUCAUGACUGUAUUGCUGUGCUUCGCCACAGUAUUACCAUGUAGUUCGAAGUACUACAUGAGAGACCGUAGUGUCUUGUAUUAAA